ACAGUAGGGGUCGCUGCUCCCCGAGCUGGAUACCCAGAAAGCACAGCCCCCUAUCCCAGGCAGUGAAUAAAGUGCGAGUCUUACAGCAGCUGCAGUACCUCUUCCCGACCACUAGAGGGCGGAGUAGAUCUUCACACAGACUAACCGUCCCCCUCCCAACCAGGAAACGAUUUGAAAAUGAUGGCGGCAGAAUCUCGGAUGAAGUGCGCUCAUGUGCAGACACAACCUGGAAUGCAUGAUCUGGGAAGAGAUCAAGGGGAUCGGUGCACAUUAGAGGAGCAGAGAGAGCGCUGGGAGCGUAAGAGAGAUUGCACUGCAAGAGAAUUACUACAGACAGAACAAAUCUAUGUGGAGGACCUGGAAUUAAUCACAAAAUUCUACAAUGAUGUCUUCCUUGCUCGCUGUGGCCACCUGAAAAUCGCAGAGAGAGGAAUCUGUGGAGCCAUCCCAGAAAUCGUGAAAGUGAACAGGAUUCUUCUCUCCUGUUUGGAUGGUGGCUCCAUCAGUCCUGGUUUUGAGACUUUCUCACAGUCUCUGGAUCUCUAUAAGAAGCAUGCAGAUAGCAUUGAGCCUACGCUACUGGUCCUAGAGACUCAGACAAAGAAGAAUAAAUUGUUUGCACGUUUCAAAAAGCUUCAAGAAUCCCGUCCAGAAUUCCAUGCAAGGAGUCUGGAGCAAUUACUAGAGCUUCCUCUGCUCAGACUGUUACGAUACAAACAUUAUCUAAGAGAUUUAGCAGAAAACAGUCAUCCCAGGAGUAGUGAUACAAAGAAGCUGAUCUAUGCUCUCAAUGCAGUGAGUGAUGCCUGUCAGUAUGUAGAAGAUCUUUCCAUGAGUCAAGAAAAUAAUCGCCAACUGCAGAGGGUACAGAAAAUGCUUAAAGGUCGCCGCCUCUGCAUCGUUGGUCCAGGACGAUGGUAUGUAAGAGAAGGGUGGCUAUCCCUAGUCCCUCAGAGUGGAGAGGAGGUCAAGCACAGAAUGUUGUUCCUAUUCUCUGAUAUUCUUGUUGUUUCAUCACCCUGUCAUCCUUUACAUCCAACCUGUGCUCACAAGUUCCAGUGUCGAGCAAUCUACCCCUUGAAAGAGUGCCGGGUGGAGCGAGUACUGGGACAUACACAAAGCCAGGGGGGUCUUAUCAGCCUCUCAUUUGAGAAGGAGAAAGUUAUGCUGAUGUCCUCAAAUCAGGAUGAUAUCAAUGACUGGUAUGAUCGUCUGGUUACAGCAGUAAGGAAAAUCCAUUCAAAUUCUGAAAAUUUCAAAAAAUGCCAAUUUGAGGAAAAUCUGGAAAAACACAGACAUCCUGUGCAAAAAGCACACAAACGAACCCGGGUUCAGGAGAUCGAAGAAGGUCUAGUGGCCUCUCAGUCCAUCGCAGAGUUUGGAGUCAUGUCUAAGCGGAUUAAAAUGGGUGAUGAACGAUCUCCAGAGUCCUAUUCCCAGGACUCGCCCACGGUGGACAAAGCAGGUUGGAGCUGUGUUCUGCUAUGAUGCCCUCAGUGUCUGUUAUUUUUAUUAUUAAUGGAUGUGAAGAAUUGAAUGCACCUUCUGAAGCAUUGUAUACCGAAUCUGUAGAAUUAUCCAUCGUAUUGUGUGUCUGAAGUCAUUACCCAUUUUAUGCCUUGAAUUAAUCUGCUUCCUUGUGAUGGUCUUAGAAAAUGGAAUGCUCUGCAUAAGGACACCAAACACUAUUUAUGCUUCAAAUAUAAAAUAAUUGGAUUCAAUGAUUCUCUGAAAACCAUGAUUUCUGGUCAUCCUCCCUAGUUCGUACUGAGAU